AUGCCAUUUGAGGGCUUCCGUCCUUUCGUAUUCUAAUCUUUGAUAUUUCUUACCUACACUCUCUAUCAGUCUAGUACUCCUGGAGCUUGAACGCUCCAUCCGCGACGUCGUCAACCCCCCGAUUUAGCGUCUCCCCCUCGAACGAACGAGCUUCAUACGUGGUCUUGACAGCGGAGGGUUACCACAACGGCAGCGCUCGCCCGCCAUGUACUCCAACUCCAACGCCUUUCUAGGCGGAAAUAGCCAGCGACCCGGGCAACAACAACAAUAUGGUGGAGGAUCGUUCGGAAACUUGGGCGCAGGCCAGCAGCAACAGCCCGGCCAGCAACCUGGCCCCUUUGCGCCCCAGCCUACGGGCUUCGGACAGGCUCCUCUGCAACAGCAGUUCACCGGCUUCCCAAUGCAGGGUCAGGGACUGCAGCCGACUCAGCCGCUUCAGCAGCAGUUUACCGGCUUUCCGGGACAGCAGCAGCAUCCUCAGCAGCAACAGAGCUUCCAGACCGGCGCCCCCCCGAUGCCGUCGAUCCCGCCGCAGUUUCAGCAGCAGUUUCAACAGCAGCAGCAGCAGCAGCAACCUGGAUUGAACCAGCAGACCUCCUUUUCCGCCUCGCCGCAGCCACCCUCUGGCCCUUCUCAACCGCCGCCCCCGCCCAUGAAGCCCCAAGCUACUGGGUUCACCGAGAUGGCCGCUUCCUUCCAGACCGGCGGCACUGCGAAGCCUAGAGGGCGCCGGGCAGAGAAGCAGCAGCCCAACAAGAUCCCCAACAUCCGACUUACCUUUAUCACGGCGCAGGACCAGGCCAAGUUUGAGACCUUGUUCAAGUCUGCUGUUGGCGAGGGUAUGACAAUGUCAGGAGAGAAGGCGCGCGACCUACUUAUGCGCUCAAGGCUCGACGGCGACUCUCUGUCGCACAUCUGGACUCUCGCUGACACCACUCGUGCCGGUCAGCUGUACUUUCCCGAAUUUGCGCUCGCCAUGUACCUAUGCAACUUGAAGCUCACUGGCAAGCAACUGCCGCCAUCGCUCCCCGAGAAUGUCAAGAACGAGGUGUCGAGCAUGGUGGAUAUCAUCAGCUUCAGCGUCGCCGACGAGGGAGGCAGCAAUACCCCGGAUAUCAGGACCAAUACCGCGACUCCUCCUACGAUCCAGCAGCCUCAGCCUCAAGCGUCCAACUCGCAGCUGCUCUCGGCUCAGAUGACGGGUUUCCCUGGACAACAGACAGGAUUCGGGCAACAAGGCGUCCAGUCUCAGCCGACUGGCUUCGCGGGCAUGCAGAACAACCCUCAAGCUACUGGAUACAGCGGCCCUCGGCCUCCAAUGCCCCCCAUGCCUACGGGUUUUGGACAAUCGCUUUCGCCUGCUGGAGCUGGUGGCAUGGCUGCCCCCUUGAACGCCCAACCCACGGGUCGCCCGGGUCAAUGGGGUCUGGUUAACGCUCCUUCGACCGGUCUCCCCAAUAUCGAUGCUCUGCAGGCUCGUAUGAUGCCCCAGCAGGGCCGAGAGGGUGGUAACUUCACCACCCAAGGCCUUCAAGGGAAUGCCGUCAUCCCUUGGGCAAUUACCAAGGAGGAGAAGACUCGUUACGAUUCCCUCUUUAAGGCUUGGGAUGGCCUCGGCAAGGGUUACAUCGGUGGCGACCAAGCCAUUGAGAUCUUUGGCCAGAGUGGACUUGAGAAGCCCGACCUAGAAAGAGUCUGGACGCUGGCAGAUCAUGGUAACAAGGGCCGUCUUGACCUCGACGAGUUUGCUGUUGCCAUGCAUUUGAUCUACAGAAAGCUCAAUGGAUACCCCCUGCCCAACAAUCUUCCUCCGGAGCUCGUGCCUCCUUCGACACGCAACUUCAGCCAGUCGAUUGGCACUCUCAAGUCAAUGCUUCACGACGAAUCUGAGUUCCGCACCAAGUCUGGUGCUGCUUUGCUGCCUCAGAAGACGGGUGUGAGCUACAUGAAGAACCGCUCGUUCAGGGGUGCUCCUGCUGGAGCUGUUGCAGGCCGAAAGGAUGCCACUGUCUUCAAGAACGAAGAUGAGAAGUUUGGAUACAGAUCUAGUGCUCGUCGUAGGGUUGGCAACAACUCUCCCCGGCCUGACUCCCCAGCAUCUGUUGCUUCCAGCGAUGAUCUAACCUUGGACCAGCUGAGGAAGAAGAUCAAGGAGAAGGAGGUCCUUUUGGAUGCUAUGGAUUUCGCUGAUGAGAAGAACCAUGAGGAGGAUGACAUUCUCGACCGGCGAGAUCGACGUGAGGCGGAGGAGCUGUAUCGUCGCAUCCGUCGCAUUCAAGAUGACAUUGACUCUCAUCCUGAUGCUGCUCUUAUCAGUGGAGACUCCGAUGCGGAGAGAAGAGCUCUCAAGCGCCAACUUCAGAACCUUACAGACAAGGUUCCAGAGCUUGCCUCUCAGGUACGAAGAACCGAGAAGGCCAUCAUGGAGGCCAGGCUCGAGCUGUUCCGCAUCAAGGACGCCAAGGCUCAUCCCGGCAGUGGUACUCCCAUUGUAGGCACUGGACCUGGCGGCACUGUGACUGAGUCGGAUCGACUCAAGGCCAGGGCCAAGGCCAUGAUGCAGCAGCGAACUGCCGCCUUGACCGGAAAGAAGAUUGAUGUUGGCACUGAGGAUCUCGAUGCGCCCAAGCGACUCGAGGAGGAGAACAUCAAGGUCAAGAACGAAAAGGAGAGUAACGAGCGCAUGGUUCGUGAUGUCGAGGAAAGCGUUCGAGACUUUGCCCGAGGUAUUGAGGACAGCCUCAAGGAGGGUGGCCGUGAUAGCACAAGCGAGCAUGAGAAGCGCCGAUGGGAGGACGCUCUCGGUGUCGAGGAUGAGGUCCGUGACUUUAUCUUUGAUCUCCAGCGUGAGAGCCGAGCUUCUCGAACCCGCGCUCAAGACAAGCGACCCGCCCGGAGCGCAGCCGCCGAGGAGGUUCGCCCGGAGCGUGUUGCCAGUCCCCGGAUCGAAAGCCCCGUGUCCACCUCUCGCACGGCUACACCCUCUGGAGGAUCCUACUCGGCUUAUAAGACUCCUGAGGAGCGCGCUGCUUUCAUCAAGCAACAGGCUGAGCAGCGUAUGGCUGAGCGCCUGGCUGCCCUUGGCAUCAAGGCCCCUACUAAGUCAGGCGAGACAGCCGCUCAACGUAUGGAGCGUGAGAGAGCUGAGCGAGCCGCGAAGCUUCGCCAGGCUGAGGAGGAUGAUGCUCGUCGAGAGGCUGAGCGACAAGCCCGUCUCGCGGAAGAGCAGGGUAUCCCACCACCCGCCCCUGAGCAGCCCAAGUCAGAGGCCAAGAAGCCCCCGCCUCCACCCACUCGACAUCGUGGCAAGCCUGAGGCAGAUUUCGACGCCGCAAAGAAAGCUGAGGAGGAAGCUGCUGCUGCUGCGAAGCAGGCCGAGGAAGAGAGGCUCGCUCAGGAGCAUGAGCAACAACAGCGUGAAACGCAAAAGAUGGAGGAAGCAGCAAAGGCACAGGAAGAUGACCUUGCUCGUGAGCGAGAGGCUGCCGACGCUCGUCUCAAGGCCCUCGAGGAACAAGUGAGACAGGGCAAGCUGCGCAAGGAGGAAGAGAAGAAGCGAAAGAAGGCCGCUCUCGCUGAAGCCAAGGAGAAGGAGGCCAAGCUUGCCGCGCGACGAGCCGAGAUUGAGGCUGCUCGCCAGCGUGAGCUUGAGCUCCAACGUCAACUUGAGGCUAUGGAUGACGACAGCUCUUCAUCAGAUGAUGACGAUGGUCCUCAACAGAUCACCCCUCAGGCCUCGACACCCACGAUGGCCGGCAGCCAGUUGGCCAGCCAAGAAUUAGAGAGGAAGCCAUCGCCUCCUCCAGCUGCGGCUGCUGUCUCCCCCCCUCCGGCGGUUAUCACAUCACCACCCGCUGAGAGUGAGAGCAAGAAUCCAUUCUUCCGGAUGAUGUCUCAGUCGAACGAGCAUGCGGCUGCUGCCCCAGCUGCUGCUCCUCCGGCGCCUCCCGCUCCUGCUGCGCCUACGCCUGAUGUCUCUACGAACCCCUUCCACCGCAUCACUCAGAACCAGGAGACCAAGGCUCCGGCUGCACCUGCGGCUCCCGUCUCGCGCCGUCGUGCGGACACGGAUGACUGGGGCUCCGACAAGGACGAUGACUCUGACGACUCUGACGAUGACCGUCCCGGCGGCGGAAACGCGGCACAGCUGGCAUCGAUCCUGUUCGGCACCAUGGCGCCUCCUCGCCCUCUGUCGGCAGCCGGCAGGGACUCGACAACGGCUAGCCCGGCUCCCCCAAGUGUCAACUCCCCCAUAUCUCCUCCCCCGGCACCGCCGUUGCCUACUGCUGCUGCACCACCACCUCCUCCGCCCAUGCCUGAGGGUGGCGUCCCAAUUGCGCCGCCGCCCCCUCCUCCUCCUAUGCCCGGAUCCGAUGCACCUUCGGCUCCUCCACCACCCCCUCCGAUGCCAUCCGUCGGAGCGCCUCCCCCUCCCCCGAUGCCUGCUGGUGGAGCCCCACCUCCGCCGCCGCCGCCGCCGCCCCCUGGAGAUGCGCCAGCACCUCCUUCCGGGGGAGGCCGACCCGCUGGUUUCCUGAGCGAGAUUCAGCUGGGCAGGUCGCUCAAGAAGACAACAACCAGGGACAAGAGUCAAGCGGCGGUGGCUGGGCGAGUUUUGGACUAAUAGGAUUGUGUGCGUAGGUAGAUAGGAGAGGGGACUCGGGAGAGGUGCAACGUUGAGCAAAGGGAUGUAGAGGCAGGAUGUAGUGCAGUGGAACGCGGGCAAUGGUGACCCCAGCGGUUUCAAUAUGUAAUUGUGAAUAUCUAUUUGACUAGGAA